AGCCUGUUUGAGGUGACGCAAGAUCCGGAGAAAACGAGUGCAGUAGUUGAGGCGCCACGUCGGCAGAACCAACAAGAUACAUCCUAUAUUUUUUAAAGGAAAGUUUGAAACCGCGAAAGUACGAUUUUACGUGCGUUAAAAUACAGGACAACACGCUCUUAAAGUAUAGCUUUGAAGAGAGGAGUUUGAACAAAAGUAUAAAGGCACAGGCUGAAAAUUGCAUUAAUAUUUUCAGAAAACAAACGAGCGCACCAAAUAUUCGUCUCAGGUGCGUAGCAGUCCGUUCUACAAGCGGACAUCAGAAAUUACUGGAAACAUGGUGAAGAACGUGAACGCCACCCCAGAGCCCCAGCCUGAAGGUUGUCUCGUGGAAGAAGAACCUGAGUUUACUGAAAGCGAGCCCACAGCAGAUGAGGGGAAGGAUGCAGGUAAGGAGCACCCCGUGGCCCAGCCGGGUAUGAUCUGGCGGGUCGGGGGUGGCCUGUUCCGUGCAAGUAAAACUGUGGUGGGUGCCACGGUAGGAGGAGUCGCCUGGCUCGGUGGGAAGAGUCUGGAGUACACUAAAUCAGCAGUUACUUCAGUCCCCUCGAUGAGCGUCAGCCUGGUGAAAGGGGUUGCCGGGGGAGUGUCGUCGGUCGCCGGGGGCGUGUCAUCAGUGGGUUCCACGGUAGCUGGCAGAGUUCCGUUCAGAGCCAAGACAAAGGACAAGGCAGAGUGAGGAGGAGAUGAUGACGAUGAUGGCCACGCAACACGAUGCAUCGCCCCACCGACUGAGCCAUAAGAGGAAGUGAUGAGUUGAAGCUAGUCGCCAUGUUUUCAAAGUGGAUUGAUUUUGUUGUUUUUUUUCUUUUCUUUUUUCCGUUUGUACAUCAUUCACUAAGUUGUACCUGGGGAAACAUGUUCAGUAGUGCCUUCUGUAGCCUCCCCCUUCUUUCCCUGUCCCCCCCCCCCAAAACACUUUCACUGAGCAGUGUGUACAGGGGGUCUUCAUCAAAACCUACAUGAUCCCCUGAAGCCUUAAGACAAUGUAGAGCAGUUCUAUAAGGAGGGGGAGAGAUAAACAGGCAUGCUAGGUUGGGUUCUUCUCUUCCACCAUUUAAAGCCUGGUUUGUGGUUUCUAAUGUGCUGGAAUUUUUGUAUGAGCUUUUUUUGUGAUCGCAAACCCAAACACAGAACAUUAGCUUGUUUCAAAAUGCUACAGUGAACCGUGUGAAGAUAGCUUUUUGGGUCUUCUGAAAAGUGUUUGAUAGCAUUUCCAAAAUAAGAGUUGGAGGUGAUGUGGUUCUGAGAGCUAAUAGCCCUGUUUAGGUUGAUGUUGUGGCAAAAUGAUAUGAUCACUUUAAUCAUGGUUAUUCAGUAGAUCCAUAUAUGAAAUGGAGACGUCAUACAUUUUACAGAAAAUAAAAUCUAUUUAUUGAUGGACUAGUUUCUCUACUGUCUGUCUUUGGUCCUUUUUUAUAACGUUUCUAUGGAAACUCAACAUUUCAAUGCAACAGUUUGGGUUUGUUUCUGUAUUCUGCCAUGACUUGGCUGUUGCUGGUAGAGAAUGCUGAUAUGACUGUCUGGCAUGCUUGUACUUUCCAACAUAAUAAUAAAGUCUCGUGGGGAGUUUGA